UGACGUGGCAGGACGCCACGUGACCCGGAAGUCUUCUCCACUGCUUUAGUUUGGAGGCAGCGCUAUUAGCAUCAGAUACUCCGAUUAGCCCCGGUGAAGGUUUUCUCUCUUAUACUUAAACAAAUAUUACCGAGGACAUGAAGCGCGGUUUCGCCUGUUUGGACGCCUUUUAUCUCCUUUCGUGUGCAAAGCCACUGGCGGGACAAUAACACAGCUCUAGCUAGCUAGCGAAAUUAGCCUGUUUAGCUAGCGGGGCCAAGUGCCUGAGAAGCCUCAAUUAAUGAAAUUAGAAGGCGGUGACUUGGCUCCUGUAGAGCUGACGUCUGCUUAACUUGCACUGUUUAUUUUUUUUCAUUCGUCUUGACGACACAAGAAAAUUAGCUUUAAGCACGAAUAAAAGUGCAGCCAUGGAGGACUUCAGCUCCAUCAGCCUGCUGUCCCUUGCCAUGCUGGUGGGCUGCUAUGUGGCCGGAACCAUUCCUUUGGCAGUCAACUUCUCCGAGGAGAAGCUGAAGCUGGUCACAGUGUUGGGAGCAGGACUACUGUGUGGGACUGCGCUCGCCGUCAUCAUUCCCGAAGGUGUCCACGCUCUUUAUGAGGAGAUCCUGGAAGGCGGGCAUCACAGUCCCAGCCAGGUGGGGGUGUUGGAGGUGUCCCAGCCAAAGGCGGAGGAAGUGGAAGCGGCGGCGCUGGGCGUAGGCGGCCACCCCCACCAGGAGCACGGUCAUGAGCAGCUGCAUGCCUGCAUCGGCGUAUCUCUGGUGCUGGGCUUUGUCUUCAUGCUGCUGGUGGACCAGAUAGGCUCCUCCCACAUGCACAGCACAGAAGAUCCAGAGGCAGCGAGAGUGGCCUCGUCCAAGAUUACCACCACUCUGGGUCUGGUGGUGCACGCCGCAGCUGACGGCGUGGCGCUCGGAGCCGCCGCCUCCACCUCUCAAACCAGCGUCCAGCUCAUCGUUUUUGUCGCCAUCAUGCUGCACAAGGCCCCCGCCGCGUUCGGCUUGGUGUCCUUCCUGAUGCACGCCGGGCUGGAAAGGAACCGCAUCCGCAAGCACCUGCUGGUGUUCGCUCUCGCCGCGCCCCUCCUGGCCAUGCUCACCUUUGUCGGCCUCAGCCAGAGCAGCAAAGAGGCGCUCUCCGACAUCAACGCCACCGGCGUGGCCAUGCUCUUCUCUGCCGGCACCUUCCUGUACGUGGCCACCGUCCACGUCCUCCCCGAGGUGGGCGGCACGGGCCACAGCCACGCGGCGGCGGGCGGGAACGCCGGCAAGGGACUCAGCAAAGUGGAAGUGGGGGCUCUGGUGCUGGGCUGCCUCAUCCCCCUGCUGCUGUCGGUGGGUCACCAUCAUUAGACACGGGACAGGAAGCGCCGGGAACGACUCCAGAGGCAGCCAGAUAAGGACGCCAUCCUGUCAUUUUUUAAAAAAAGCUAAUGUACAGUUGUAAAUUUAAGGCGACUUGAAGUGCCAUACUAGAUCGCCGACAGUCACUUGUAAAGGUGAGGACGCCGCCGUCAUCGGUCGGAAUCGCUUAGACUUGAUAGAUCCACUUCCUCUUUCUUUUGGGAAGGCCGCACAGACUUAUUAUUAUUAUUAUUAUUAUUUUUUUUAAAGAUGAUCAUUGAGGACUACUGUGCACGUGCAAGUGUACUUUUUGGUUUGAGGGGAUUUUCAUCUUUUGACACACCUGCGUUCUUUGUUUACAUGGACCCUUCCGCGCCCCCCCCUCCCCCCUUCCAAUUCAAAGGAACUUUGGUGUGUGGCUGAAAAAAAGGAUGACUUCCUGUUGCCAUCGGACCACCAGUAAAUGUGACUCUUGCUUAAUUUGACAUCCACACUGUUCCCCUCAUCAGAUCCAUUCUCACUGGUGACCUUCACAGGUGAACAUCUUCGAGGUGGGCUUUGUGUGUAUUGAAUGGCCUUAUUUCCACACGUCUGAUUGUGCAAAGUUUUUAAGACAAAAUUAAAUGUCUUUUUUAAAAAAAAAAAGAAACUGUCAAAAGGUGUCUUAAGUCGGAGGUCGGCCAUUAUGUGGUGGGAAAAGCUGCUUUACUUUGUAAUGUGGAGCCAGGAUUUCUUCUUCUCCCGCGCUCGCAAUUAAACGUGUCGCUGUUG